AAAGAAAAGAGAUUUGGGAAAGUGAGAGCAAGAGAGGUGGUUGGGGAGUUGAUUUGGUAGGCGUCAGAUAUUUUGUUUUGUCAUCUGAAAAGCAAAGAGAUAUUUGAGCAUCCAAACAGACCUCAUCUACAUUUCCUCUUCCCAUGGCACUCUCCGUUUCCACCUCCUCCGCGAUUCCUUCUCUCAACUCCGAACGCUCCACGCGCUUCGCCUCCGCUUCUUCUUCCUCCCUCCAAUUCCCCUUCCGCACGCGCCUUCUUCCCAUCACUACUCCACGCCUUCCGCCCUCUUCGCGCCCUCGAUUCCUUCCUCUGGUUCAAGCGAAGAAACAAACCUUUAACUCGUUUGAUGAUUUGCUUGCCAAUUCUGAAAAGCCUGUGUUGGUUGACUUCUAUGCGACCUGGUGUGGUCCUUGUCAAUUCAUGGUUCCCAUACUCGAUGAAGUAAGCACUCGGCUUAAGGAUAAGAUACAGGUGGUGAAGAUUGACACUGAGAAGUAUCCUAGCAUUGCUGACAAAUACAGAAUUGAGGCAUUGCCAACUUUCAUCAUGUUUAAGGACGGAGAACCUUUUGAUCGCUUUGAAGGUGCAUUGACUGCAGAUCAACUCAUUGAACGCAUAGAAGCCGGUCUCAAGGUUAAGCAAUAACCCUACUACAAUGAAGAAGCGAAGAAUCUUGUCUAUUGCAAUGUUUGAUCUCAUACAUGAUAUAUUGCCUGGAGAUCACCUGUUGCUUCAACUUCAUUCAGACAUUAAGUGAUUAAUGUAUCUCAAGAUGCGAAGAUUCAGCCUCAAAAUAUUUGUUAUUUAAUUAGCAAUGGCAUUUUUUAAACAAAUUCGCUAGUAUUCCUAGUUUUGUUGAGUUCCUUCAAUAAAUUACCUCUUCUCUUUUUCA